AUGGGGUCGUACGGGAAGGCAGAGGUGAAGGAUGUGGUGGCGGACAGUGGGGAGCCUAUCUUGGAGGAGCAGAACCAGAGGUUCUGCAUGUUUCCAGUCAAGUACAGACAGCUCUGGGAGAUGUACAAGAAGGCCGAGGCCUCAUUCUGGACGGGUGAGCGGCAAGCGAUUGUGUCUGUUGGGCUUCGAUACCUUUCCUCUGGUCUGGCUUAUCUUCGCAGAGUGCUGGUCGGCUCAGGGAAUAGACCUGAGGGUUUUCUUCACUUUCUGCUAAAUUUCGUUGCUCUGCUUGACUUUGAUCUUGACUGAUUGUUUAGGAUUAUUGCGGUCCGUUUUUCUCGCCUAAAGAAUUGGUCCGUACUGUACUCACAAUUUAUGCUUUCCUUGGACACUGCUAGUUAUUCUUUCUCUUCCUCUCUUCUGUAGGAGCCAAGUUCAUCUGUUUCGUACAUUUUCUUUCUUUCUUUGGUUCCACUGGUUUUCCGCUCCCCCCCCCUGGUGUUCAUAUCCCCAUCUUUGUCUAUCCUAAUUUGCGGGUCCAAUCCAGUAUGGAAUACAAUACGAAUGUUCGAAUUCCUUUCCUUGAGGUAUUUUUAUUUCUUUUUCCACAUCGCUUGCCAUAUUUCCAUCCAUCUUUAGAUUUGACUUUAUCUUUGAACCAAAUUUGGAUUAUAUUUUUUUUAAUAUUCUGAUACGCAAAGGGCUACACUGGUUACAGCCGAGGAGGUUGACUUGUCGAAUGAUGUUAUGCACUGGGAAAGUCUGUCCAAGUCAGAGAAGCAUUUCAUAAGCCACGUAUUAGCGUUCUUUGCUGCUUCAGAUGGUAUCGUCUUGGAGAACUUGGCUGCAAGAUUCUUAAAAGACGUUCAAAUCCCUGAGGUAAUCAGCAUACAGAGGCCUAGAAGGGUUACAAUGUUCCCCUGAUUCGCUCAACUCAUAUCCCAUGCGCUCUAUUCUCAUCCUUCUCACUUUUAUUAGCCUCUUUGGGGAUAUCUGUUUGUGUUGUUGUUCAAUCAAAGGUAAAUUUUAUACAAUGUUUCCAUUUCAAGAUAAAUUUUAUAUAUGAAACAAUAAAUACAUAUAUUAUAUGGCCUCUGAAAGGCUUUUUUCACACUCUGUCAUGUAAACGAUGGAUAUCUGUGUGUAUAUACAGAUGAAAUGCAUUUCUUCAAAUCUCUGAUGUGUAAAUUGAAGUCCGACAGGAGUAAAAUAUUAGAUCCCCACCUUCUGGAGAAUAGAGAACAUGCAUUGCACAUACUUUAGUCAUGAGCAAAGACUAUCGCAUGUAUAUCCAGCUGGGAACUACCUUUCAUCAGGUCCUGAAUACCGAGAUUAGUCUUCUCACAGAUCCAUAAACUAUGGGCAUGAAGGCAUGCACACAUACACGUAUGAUAUAUGUUUCACCUAGGCCAUCCUCUCGAGCUUCUCCUCCCCCAAUCCUACAACGCCAUCUAAUGAAUUCCCCUGUUAUUUUUUUAUGACGUGACAUGGAAAUGAGGGGAAAUUUUAAUUUGCUUCAAACUUUUGUAGGCUCGAGCGUUUUAUGGGUUUCAGAUUGCUAUGGAAAAUAUACAUUCUGGUAAAUCUCUGUAUGUGGCUUCUACUUUUUCAUUGCUUGUUGGACAAAUGUCUCCGCUCAUACUUUAGUUUUUUCAUUUCGUAUAGAGAUGUACAGCUUGCUUUUGGAGACAUAUAUUAAGGAUACAAAUGAGAAGAACAGGCUAUUUAAUGCUGUUGAGAGCAUUCCAUGUGUCACCAAGAAGGCAAAAUGGGCGCUGAAGUGGAUAGAAAGGUAUAUUACUCUUUCUCUCUCUAUAUAUAUAUAUAUAUAUAUAUAUACAUAUGAAGCAGCAGUUUCUGGGAGCUGAUGGUAGCUUUGUUUCGUUUUCCUAAUACACUGUUUCGUCUUCUAAUGAGAGAGAAAACUUGGUAUCUGAUCUAGUUUUACUAUAGGAAUCCCCUUUGCCGAAUCAUUGGUAUUUUUUUCGUUACAAUCACCUUUCCAUUAGCGAGAAAAAUUGAGCCUUGAGUUGUCUUUAAGAUUUUGAAGCAUUUCUAUUUCAGCUUCCGUUUUUCAAAUAAUUAUUAAAGGCGCAAAAAAUCUCAUGCUCUGACGCCCAUCGUGGCUGUGAUGAGUGGGGAAAUGAUUUUUUAAAGGCUUUGCAGCGUAGAUGAUCUGUUAGAGUCUAACAAAUUUAAUGUAACAGUUAAAUUGAAUCUAAUAAAUUUAAACAUUGAAAUUAGGUCAGUAAUAAUUUGUAGGCUCUUUUCGGAUUCUUGGUUUGGGAUUGAUGUAGACAAGUUAUUAUUUCCAUUUUGGUUCAGUUAAGUGGCCUGAUUCCAGAGUAAGCAUCUGUUUGAGUCAAAUAUGGAAUUUACAUGAUACCUGGACUUUUUUUUUUCCUGGUCAUCAUUUUCCUAUGGGUCAAGCUAAAAUGCGUUUAUUAUUGAAUUUCUUUGAGCCUUAUUGCUGCAGAAUACAUUGAUUCUCAACAUGGUUCUCUGCCUCUAUUUGCAGCUCCACCACAUUUGCAGAGAGACUAGUUGCCUUCUCUUGCGUUGAAGGAAUCUUUUUCUCAGGAAGGUGAGUUGUUCCGAAUAAUAUGGAAGGGAUUCUUCUCUUCUUCCCCUUUAUUUUUUUUGGGGCAACUCUUCCUUAAAAGAUUUGAUUUUUGUACUCAGCUUCUGUGCCAUCUUUUGGCUGAAAAAGAGGGGACUCAUGCCUGGACUCACAUUCUCAAACGAGCUCAUCUCUAGGGAUGAGGGUCUCCACUGUGAUUUCGCAUGUCUUCUGUAUAGGUGAGUCUUCCCCAACAAGUUAUCACCCAUUUUCUGGAGCAAAAUUGUUAAAUUCUCUCGAUUUUCUACCCUGAAACAUCACAUUACUGCAACAAAAAACAUCACAUUAUCUGGUUUCCAGCAUCUAUAUUUAAAUAAGUUAUUACCCAUUUUCGAGAGCCUAAAAAUUCAAUCCCUUCGAUUUUCUACCCUAUAAUUUUUUUUAUUACUGGAAAAAAAUAAUCACUUUCUCUGCGUUACAACACCUAUAUUUAACUGAGUUAUUACCCAUUUUCCCGAGCACAAUGCUUAAAGUCUCCACGGUUUUCUACCCUAAAAUUAUUUAUUAAUGAAAUGAAAAGGUCUCAUGAUCUGGUUUCCGACAUCUUUAUUCAAUGUAGACAUUACCCGUGUUCUAGGGCAGAAAAACUAAAUCCUCUCGGUUUUCGGCCAUAAAACUGUUUACCUUUGGAUCAAAAGAAUUCAACCAUCUGGGUUCUGACAUCUCCGGAUUUUCUACCUUGGAGUAAUUCAUGGCUGGAACCAAUUAAUGUGGUUUCCGAUAUCCAUAUUUACCAAGUUAUUACCCAUUUUCAAGAGCCAGAUUCUCCCUUUUUUUUCUCUCAUAAAUAAUUUAUUGCCGGAACUAAUGUAUCACUUUGUUCGGGUUCCGAAAUCUUAUAUUUAACUAAGUUAUUACUCAUUAGAGUCUCCUAAUUUCCUAACCUAAGACUAUCUAUUCCUGGAACGAGAGACUCUCAUCUUCCUGUUCUCCACCAUCUUUAUUUAGCUAAGCUUUGGUGCACCAGCUUACUGCGGAAGCGUCCGAGCUGGGAGAAAGUGUACGCAAUCGUGAACGAUGCCGUUGAGCUCGAGAUAGAAUUUGUGUGUGAAGCCCUUCCAUGUGCAUUAAUCGGCAUGAACUCUGCUCUGAUGAACCAGUACGUGAAAUUUGUGGCCGACCGUCUGCUGGUAAAGAUUACUCCUCGACCACCCUUUUAAAAACCCUUUCUCCGCUUUCCCAUUGGGCGGCAUUUUGACUUGGUUCUCGGGAAUCUCCGCAGUUUUCUCUGGGUUGUCCGAAGAAGUACAACGUGGAGAACCCUUUCGACUGGAUGGAGUCCAUAUCCCUGCAGUGAGUUUCUCGUCCCGUUGACUUUCCAAUUCCGGGCCCGUUGACAAUCCCCUACGCAUAUGCUGGUAUAAUAGUUGACUUUGAUGAGGAGAUGACGAUUCUCAUGGAUCUAUCCGGAACCCCUUGUUCUUCUCUCUUGGCUGAACAGGGGGAAGGCAAAUUUCUUCGAGAGGAGGGUCGGCGACUAUCAGAAGGCUUCGGUGAUGUCCAGCCUCCAACACGGAUCACAGAACUUCGUAUUCAGAGUUGAUGAAGAUUUUUAG